CUGACGCAUGCAUUUACAGCGCCCUGGUGGAGUGGGCUUUGGAUAAGGAGGUUGGAAAGGUUUGCGGUUUAUGUGAAAGUUUACGUUAUAAUCUUUUUUGUUUUGGCCACGUUUAUGUGUGCUCACGGAGAGCUAGUGUUUUGAAAAAGAACCCCAGAACAGAAUGGAAGACGAUAAAGUGAUGGAUACGAAGGGCUUGAUGGACCGGUUGACGUUAGGUGUAACCAAGAUACUGGAAAGUCGACCUGGUGUGACAGAAGUUAAAUAUGCAAAGAAGGAGCCAGCAGAGCACCAUAUGAUUGUCUCAUGGGAACAGAAGAACUGCUGUGCACUCCCAGAGGAUCUGAGGAACUUUUACCUAAUGACUGAUGGCUUUUUGUUGACCUGGAAUAUCAAGUUUGAUCGUAGCAACGUACAAUUGGGAAGAAUGGUAAUCAACAACAUUUCAGCACUCUGUCGACUGGGCACUUCAUCCUUUUACAGUUUGCCAAAUGCACCCACUUUAGCUGAUUUAGAAAGUGAUACAGAUGAUGAAGAUAAAGAAGAACCUUUCAAGAAACCUCAUUUUAAUUCACAGUGUCGAAUUUUUGAGUUAGACUCUUGUAAUGGAAACGGGAAAGUCUGCUUGGUUUACAAAAACAUCCAAUCAGGAGUUGUAUCUUCUAGUGCUGAAAUCUGGUUCUUGGAUAGAGCACUUUAUUGGCAUUUUCUAACUGAUACAUUCACAGCCUACUAUCGACUUAUGCUCAUUUACUUGGGACUACCCCAAUGGCAGUAUGCAUUUACAAAAUAUGGUGUUACUCCUCAGGCCAAGCAAUGGUUCAAUAUGUACAAACCUAUUGUCUACAAUACCAAUAAUGUAGCAGAUGAUGAUGUCACUUUUAUUAAUAAGCUGGAUCCUAACCAAGUCUUUAAGAACAAAAGUAAACUUCAGCCUACAAAGAAAAAAUCUGGUGUACAGCUAGCUGGACCUCAGAAGAGUCAAACCAGUUUGGUCACAAACAAGAAUGUACCUCAAGUGGGAAGUACUACAAAAAAAAUGACUCCUUAAUUUUUAUCCUGUCCUCUGGAGCAAUUUGGAUGCAGACAUUUUGUUCUGUUUUGUCACCUGAGCUGUUCUGCUUACGCUGUUGUCAUUAACAAAAAGGAAAAAUCAAAUAGGUGAAGAUAAAGAAUAUUGUAUUAAUCGGACUUCCUACAAGUACAGAAAAGGUGGUGUUUUAGUGUUGUUAUCAUGUACAUCACGAUACAAAUGCAUGAUUUACAACAUCACCAAAGAUAUAAUGAUGAAGGAACAGUAUUUAUGUAAAUAAUUACCAGGCUCCAAUUGCUUUAAGUUUAUUCAUAUUUUACACCUGAGUUUGAAAUGUAAAUGAUGUUAAGUAAGUGCAAUCUGUAGUGUUAUGUUUUUCUUAUUCCCCAUCAGAUUUCAGUUGGUUCUGAAGCUACACUACAUUUUAUUAAUACAAUAAAUAAUCCAGUAUAAAAUUAUUGAUGUCAUCCCAGAAUGUGUGCAAUUAACAACCAAAAAUAAUUUUCAUAUGGAGAUUAUUUAUUGAAGUUUGCCCCUUUGUUAUAGUUCUGGUCAUUUCCUUUUUGAUGAUAGAAAUAACGUAGGUUUCACGGAUGUGCCCACAGACAAAUCAUUUUAUGUGACAACACAGCCUUAAAGCAGCUGAAGGUUAAUCUUUCAGUUAAAAUAUGUAUUUCAUCUAAACAAAAUGGAUAUUUAUAAGAACAAUGAGCAGUAGUUUACUUGUACAACAUCUUAGCUGUAACAUUCAUUUUUCUAAAUAAUUAUUGGAAAAAUUGUUAAGCAAUUGAAGAAUAGAAUCUUUCUUCGCUCCCUUCAUUAACUCACUUAAUUGAAUGCCUGAAAACUAAAAGAAGCUUUUUCAACAGGAACAUUUUUGUUUUCAGUUCUGUGCUUCUUGGUAGUAUUUUGUUGCCUUUACUAUGCUUUAAAAUAAUCUAGUCAAAUUUUAAUUACUGAUGUACAGUACUUCAGUUAUCUGAAGUGGUUCUUGAUAUCUGAAUCAGAAUUUCAAAUAUUAAGGGAAUAAAAUUGGAUGGGGAUAGCAUGGGAAUGUGGCGCUGAGGUAAUCAUAUUGAAUAGCAGAAGGGUCGAACAGGUUUCUCCUCUUUCUAUUUGUAUUUCCAUGAAAUUUCAGAUUUAAUCAGCCUAUUUUUAAUUAUCUCUUUUGGUUUACAUAAGGCCAAACCUCAAUAAGUUCCUGACAUGCUUCAUACUUCUCUUACAUUGAUCUAAUUAAAAUCAAUUAAUUCAUGGGCCCUCCAUUACUUAUUUAGCUAUUUGAGGAUAUUGAAUGCUGCAGUUCACAAACUGUUUUCUAUUUCCUUAUAAAUGAUAAUUGAAGAUUCAGGUUAUUAUUUGUGCUCAUCACACGAUGCUGGAAAAUUGAUGCCAAAGUGACUCUUCUAUUUACUCCAACUCUUGAGGAUACUGUUAAUCAGACAUCUUUUUUGCUCAACUUACUGCUAGAUUCAUGUUAGUAGACUGCUGUGUGCUUUUGGUAACAUUCAAAGUUUAGUUUUGAUAUACCAUAUCUUCAGUCAUGACAGAAUACUAUCAAUAGCUACCUGGCCAAAACAAAAGUCUCUGAUAGUAACUGUUACAAAAUGCUGGAUGAACUCAACAGGUAGGCAGCAUCUAUGGUAAUAAAUAAACAGUCAGUGUUUCGGGCUAAGACUCUUUAUUAGUCUCCAAGAAUAUAAGGAGAGACUGUCUCAGAAUAUAUUAAUAUUGUUUUAAUUUGUAUGUUUUCUACCUGCCAUGAAUGCAAAAUAUUAUUAUUUAGAUUCAAUUGCUUUAUAGAGAUUUCUUGUUAGAGAUUACCAGUCCUCAGCAUAAUGUAAAUGUUUUCCCAUAUCCUAAUUGAACUUCCACUUGCUUAGUAAAGUGCCAAAAAGAUGGUAUGCUAUUUGCACUGUUUUUUCUAAAUUGCACUGUAAAUUCGCUUCAAUCUUAUUCCAUCAACAAACACUCUACUGAGAUGUCUCUACUAAUUAACUUUCUUGGAAGGGGUUCAAAUCAAUCACUUUACUGAAAAUAUUGUUUUCUAUCAGUUGCAUGUUAAGUCAGUGAGGACUCUUGUGUUAAGCUCCACUUAAUAGGUGUUAACAAUUAAACAAACUAUUUAUAAAGGAUACAAAUAUAAUUGGCUCAUAGCCAGUCAUUUUAGAUGGUCAUUUUCUGCACUAUAAUAUUGCAUGGCUUGGUGUUUUAAUUAACUACCAAACUGCAGUAUGUUAUACUAUUGUUAGAUUACAUAGCUUUUUGGCUGCCUUAAUUCUUUGAGUGCUAGUAUCAUUACACACUGUAGAAGUAAAGUGAAGUUAUCAACACAAGAAAUCAUGUAUGUCAUUACAGUAAAUCAGUGUAAGAAAUACAAAAUAUUUCCUUCCCUUGCAAAAUAGUCAUAUUGAUUAUUUUUUGCCUUCAGAAAGCAUAAAACAACAUAAUUGAAGAAACUUGGCCAAAACUAUACACCCAUAUGGGGAAAAUUGAGAUGGUUGUAUACAGUUUGAGACAUAAGGAAAACUUUCACCCAAAAAAUAAAGGCAGCUUUUUUCAUCAUUCUUAUUUUCUUGAAUAAAAUAUGAAUGUCACUUCUUAGUGGGUAUUUUGUGCUCAGCAAAGAUUGAGAAGUUCAUUACAUAAUGCAUAAAAUUUAUGGAAUAGGCAUUCUUAAAAGAAUAAGACAACACCGAUGAAAUUUACAACUUUUUUUUGCAUGUAUAACUAACUAGUUAUCAAAGGUCAGGAAAAAUUCUUGUGUCAGAUUGGGGCCAAUGAAAGGUGGAAGUUAUUUUAAUGUUAUGUAUCAAUUGUCAAGCCUUGUGGUUAUCCCCUACAGUUUGUGCUUACACUACUCAUAAGAAAAUUCCAUGGUUAAAAUCACGAGAAGCCGUUUGUUUUGACAAGUGUUCAUUGCCAAUAGCAGAUUGCUUACAUAAACUUGUGAUAUUUUGUUAUGAAUUCCUGAUAAGAAAAUGUUUCUGCCAAAAACACGUAGGAGUUAAAUUAAUAUUGUUAAUAGUGUGGGUAGAAGAGGGAGAGAAUUUAGCAUUAUGUUAAUAUUUGUUUUCAUGAUAAUUUCUAUCUAUGCAGGCACAAUGUGCACA